UGUGUUGGAAGUUGCGGGGAAUCGAGUCUGGGAGGCGGGUUCGUUUUCAGAGACCCUGCUAGCAGCUAGGAGGAAAACUCCCGCUGAGGAGCCUAUAGAUGUCUCAUAUGGAUCUGGCGUUGGACCCGGUUGACCAUGACCUGCUGGGCUUCCUGCUAGAGGAAAGCGGAGGUUUGGUGGCGGCGCCCGAUGAGGCCUUGGCGGCUCCGCUGGGUUGGGAGCUGCCACUUUUUGAGGCUCUGAGUAAUUGGGACGUAGAGGAUUUCCUGAGCUGCCUGCCGAGUCCCCCAGCAUCGUUGAACGUUUUCAGCAACUCUAACUCCUGUCUUGUCCACCAUGAUCACACCUAUUCUCUCUCACAGGAGCAUGUCUCCAUAGAUCUAGAUAAUGAGAGAUAUGGAGAAGAGGGGGCUCAGAUGACUCCACUGCAUGUGGAGGAGCCGGCAGAGCAGGAACCCCAGGAGAUUGCUAGGCUAAUACUGACUGAGGAGGAGAAGAGGCUCUUGGAGAAGGAGGGGCUUACCCUGCCUGGGACGCUUCCUCUCACUAAGAUGGAGGAACAAGUUCUGAAACGAGUGCGGAGGAAGAUUCGAAACAAAAAGUCUGCUCAAGAGAGCCGCAGGAAGAAGAAGGUGUAUGUGGGGCGUUUAGAGAGCAGGGUCCUGAAAUACACAGCCCAGAAUCUGGAGCUACAGAACAAAGUACAGCUCCUAGAGGAAGAGAAUCUGUCCCUUUUGGAUCAGUUGAGGAGACUCCAGGCCAUCGUGAUUCAGACAGCAAACAAAGCCAGCAGCGGCAGCACCUGUGUCUUGGUCCUGCUGUUCUCUUUCUUUCUCCUUUUCGUACCUGUGAUGUACUCGUCGGACACAAGGGGGAGCCUGCCAGCUAAGCAUGGAGUGUUGUCCCGCCAGCUUCGUGCCCUCCCCAGUGAGGACCCUCCCCAGCUGGAGCUGCCUGCCCUGCAGUCAGAGGUACCAAAGGACAGCUUGGACCAUGAGCUCCAGGCUCCUAGCAAUUCUUGCUGCCUCUUCUAUCACAUGCCUCAAGCUCCUAGCGCAGAGCCUCCCCUGAAGUUGCCACUGCCUGACAGUUUCUCAACGUCCUCCUGCCCAGGUCCCAUCUCUCCCCUGCAUACAAAUCUCACAAGUGAGGGAGGAUGGCUCUCUACCCACAGCUCCACGUCUGUUAUCUUGCCGGGCAGAUAUUCAGGCUAGGUGUGAGGAUGUGGGGGCCUCAGUCAUGG